UUUGCCCACGUCCGCACUUUGGCCAUACAACCAGAAUCAACCCACCACCACUGCUCAAGAUGAAGUACAUCUUUUCCGAAGAGCAGCUGGUUGUCCCAGAAGAUGUCAAGAUUCACAUCAGAUCCAGAAUUGUGACCGUCGAAGGUCCACGAGGAAAACUCGUCAAGGACCUUUCGCACAUUGCGGUCACCUUCUCCCUGCCCAAGAACAAGAAAGGCCAGCAAGUUGUCCAGAUUGAAAUCCACCAUGGAUCAAGGAAGAACGUCGCAACUCUCCGAACCGUCAAGUCGAUCAUCCAGAACUUGAUCACCGGCGUCACCAAGGGAUACAAAUACAAGAUGCGAUACGUCUAUGCCCAUUUUCCCAUCAACGUCAACGUCGAGAAGAACAACGGCCUCUACCAUGUGGAGAUCCGAAACUUUUUGGGCGAGAAGAUCGUUCGACAUGUCGAUAUCCCCGAGGGAGUCACCGUGGAGCCAUCAAAGGGUGUCAAGGAUCAACUGGAGCUCAGCGGCAACAGCCUCGAAGCCGUUUCCCAAUCCGCCGCCGACAUCCAACAGAUCUGCAGAGUGCGAAACAAGGAUAUCCGGAAGUUCUUGGACGGCUUGUAUGUGAGCGAGAGAGGUAACAUUGUUGAGGAGUAGAUGACUGGUUGUACCUAUGGUCAUUUCUGGUGCGAACGCAUACCGGCUGAAGGCGUCACCCACCGAGGCAUUUAGCACUCUGCACAAGUCAACGAACACAAGAUUCGUUUUCUAUGGGGAUGGAAUCAUGCGCCAGCAUUAUGCGAUAGAUGAAAAAAUGACCAUUUUUUCGAGCUUCAAUACUCACGAAAACUUCUACUGCGCUUCAUGGUCAGCUUCGAACACUUGAUACUCGACGAGUUCUGUUUGCACUUCGUGAUUUCGGCAUCGGCAACAACGGAUGGCUUUUGUUCUUUGUUUUCGUUUUGACCUCUGACAAAGGUCAGAU